AUGACGACCACUACUGAACUGCAUCCACUCACCAGAACGCUCACGGACAUGCUUGACGAUGAACUGUUACACAUGUCGGCCAACAUGGGUCAGGACAACGCGAAUACCCCGAAAACUUGGAAAAACAGGUCUUUGGAAGACUUGCUGUCCGGAUCCGACCCCAUGAAUGCUUCCCUUUACGAUACAGAAGAGCGUAAGCAAUCGAUGUUCAACAAAUACGCGGAUCCUUCACUCACGACAAUGUCGUUCCAAAAACCGGCUUUCCAGAGUAGAACUUCGGCAGCUGGACCUCCAUCUUCAAUAAAUACUCCAGUCCAGGCUACCGUUUCGCUCAAUAAAGUGAUGAAUGUCAACCCGUUUGUUGCUCGUUUGCCCAGCACAGCAACACCGGAGGUUCGUAUAUCGUCGCCUGCCUUGUUCCAGGGCGAAGACGAAGACAUGAUGAUGACCGAUGGGCCCGAAAGUUUCCCACCGGACCUUUACGAUGAUUACAACGGACCGCAAAAGAUGUUUAGCUGGCCUCUGCAGGACUCUGCCACGCUAUCUCAAGAUGCAAUGUCUCUGUUUGAUCGCGAAUUUGGCAACGACUUCAGUGACGAAGAGGAAGAGGACGAUGAUGACGAGUGCGAUUAUAAUUGCAACGGACUAGACUGUGCACACGGCCAUCCCUACGCUUUACCUCUGCCAGACGACAAUUUAGACGCAUUCCCCCAAACUAUAAACCCUGAAGACGACUCACUCAUCUUUGAUAGAAGUAGGCCUGGUGCCAAGUUUGUCGACUAUCAACCCAACGACGAUGCUAUAAUAGAAGAUGGUGAAAGAGAGGACGACAACAUCGAGAAUCUUCCGGGUAGCGACAAAACAGAAACAAAAAUUACCGAUAGCCGCAUGGUUACUGACGAUUGCAUAGAAAGUGGCGAGGAAUGUCCCGACGAUCAGUUCCGGAGUGAAUCGUCUGGAACGCACAUCGCUCGUGAACCGUCUUUGCCGGCAGAUACAUCUCACCUCUCUAGCUCCUCUUUCAACAUACAAAGUCCGACGUCUUCACCUUCCGUACCAGCUGUCAGCAAAAUGAAGAAGUAUUCAGGAAGACGUAAGUCGUCCUCCACGUCCUCCUUGGCCCCAACCUUUAAGAAGAAGCCAUCGUCUUUAACAGCGCUCUCGAGCUUUUCUGUAAAUGGCGUACAAGAGGUUCAUACAUGCGAUGCUAUGAACCCGGUGACAAAUGAAAUAUGCGGCAAGAAGUUUUCCAGACCGUACGAUUUAAUUCGACAUCAAAAGACUAUUCACGCUAGCAAGAAGAAAGUUUUCCGCUGCGUCAUAUGCAUUCAACAGCAAGGCGCCGAAGGGUAUGAUAAAACUUUUUCUCGUGGCGACGCUUUGAGUCGACAUAUUAAGGUUAAACACGACUUAACAGGUCCCGAGGCCCAAAAGGCUCUGCAGUUCGCCAAGGAAAAUGUUGAAUACGCAGGUGCUUAG